CAUCUGAACAGCAUUGAAAGCCCUCUCAUACCCCGGCUCACAGCAAUACAUUGGCUCUGGGAUAUGCAACCAUUUCAUUACUCACUCACUCAAUUUACAAACAUACCAAAUCAAAAUAAACACACACCACACAUACUGUGCCUUCUGUUUACUUCGUUUUUAUCUUCACUAUGUUGAAUUAGUGCUUGUGUGUUCAAUUAGUUAUAUGUGAAGAUAUAUAGAAAAGCUAUAUUUUUUAUUGUAUUGUUACAAUUCAUAACUGGGCUAGAAUUGUGUUUAUUUUCCUCAUCUAUGAGAACUUUGUCAUUUUUUAAAUAACCAUGGAGUGGUCUUUGUGUCUCUGAACAACUGGUUAUCAAUAUAUAGUUUAUCGACGACGAGAGCUACUCGUUUCGCUUUUAAUCGAUUUUCUUUGAAAAUUGGAUACAGAACUUUGCGCCGUUCUGCAAUUUCCUUCGGAAACUGAUCAUUCAUGUCAAUUUUGGUCCCAGCAAGUCUUUUAACCAUUGUUUUAUCUUUAAAUUAAGCAAAUUUGGCAACGAUUGGGCGUUCAUAGCUUUGGCCUCUCUGUCGGAAGCGGUGUACACGUUCAAGUUGGAUUUAGUCGAUAGCUUCGCGUGGGAUCUGAAGCGCUGUAAAGGAGGAACUCUCUAACUACAGAUUCUGGAACUUCCCCUUCUUUCUCCUGGAUACCUGUCGCAGUUGCAAAUGAGAACUUGUUCUCAACUGGCCUACCUGGUUAAAUUAAAAGAAUCUUACCCAAAUGCAUGAUGGGGGUCUGCCACAACUUCUGGACCCAGCGCCCCCCACCUGACGCCCAUGAUGCCCAGCCCCUCAUCGCUAAACAAUGUACUGAUGAUAGCCAGAAGGGGGCAGACAAGACACAGGUCAAAAAGAGACGCUGGUGUCGCAACAGCUGCCUUUGCCUGUUUCUGUUCCUCGUCGUGAUGAUGACUGUGGUCAUCCUGGAAGUUGACCUCAAAGAACGGAUCUCACCUUCAACAACCAAUCCAGCAGCAAACGUGUCCCGAGGACCGUACCAUGUACAAUACCCACAUGAGUACUCCUUCAUCCUGGAUGAGACAGAGAAAUGUCGGGAGCAGAACCCCUUCCUGGUUCUGAUGGUGCCAGUGGCGCCCUAUAACAGGGAGGCCCGUGAGGCCGUCCGCAGGACUUGGGGCAGUGAGAGGCAGGUACUGGGCAAAGAGGUCCGUCUGUUCUUCCUGCUGGGACUGCCCAGUGGAGAGGAGACAGAGCAGCUCCAGGAGAAGGUGCUGCAGGAGAGCAAAGAGCACCAGGAUCUGCUGCAGAGCGACUUCAUAGACAGCUACAAAAACCUGACCAUCAAGACCAUGGUGAUGAUGGAGUGGCUGAGCUCUCGCUGCCCCAACGCCUCCUACGCCAUGAAGAUCGACUCAGACAUGUUCCUCAACGUGAACACCUUGGUCAACAUGCUGCUUCACGCUCCAACGCAGAACUACCAGACUGGACUAGUGGCCCGACGGGGCGCUGUUCUAAGAGACCGUAACUCCAAAUGGUACCUUCCAAAGGAGGUGUUUCCUGAACCGGUAUAUCCACCUUAUGCUCUGGGCCUGGGCUAUGUCUUCACCUUAGACCUCCCCAGGAAGCUGGUGGAGGCGUCCAGGCAUGUUAAAGCCGUCUACAUAGAGGAUGUGUAUCUGGGACUGUGUAUGAGACACCUGGGCAUCCGGCCUACUGACCCCCCCAGUGGAAACCUUUUUCAGGGGUAUGCAGGAGCCCAGGACCGCUGUCACUACAUGGCUGUUAUCACGACCAUCCUCGACACUCCUCAGGAGCUUCUGGACGUAUGGAGAAACUUGCACCAACCUGGGCCUGUCUGUUAUUGAAAACAACACUCUGGGAAAGACAAAGAGCCUUGAGGUUAGAGCGUUGGGCCAAUAACCCAAAAGGGUGAUGGUUCCAAUCCCGGAGCUGACAAAAUGGAAAAUCUGUCACUGUGCCUUUGAGCAAGCACUUAACCCCAGUGCUCCACGGGUGCUGGACAAUGGUGUCCCUUACCGGGACCUCGCUCCCUGUGGGUGUCUUGUUUGAGCUGUGACUUUCUCUUGGAUGCUUUUCUCUGGGUGUGGUAGAGAAGGGUCGCCUUAUCCCUGUGUUUCUGUGGGUGUGGUAGAGAAGGAUUGCCUUAUCCCUGUGUUUCUGUGGGUGUGGUAGAGAGCGAUCACCUUAUCCCUGUGUUUCUGUGGGUGUGGUAGAGAAGGGUCACAUUAUCUCUGUUUCUGCAGUGGUGGAAAAGGUACUUAAUCAUCAUACUAUAGUAAAAGUAGACGGCACACUCCAAUACUCAGACAUCAUUUACAAACCAAGCCUUUAUGUUUAGUGAGUCCUCCAGACCAGAGGCAGUAGGAAUGACCAGGGAUGUUCUCUGUUUA